CAACUGUCUACAAAUCGAUUAACAAAAUGAAGCUUUUAAUUAUAUUGUCAUUUGUUGCCUUAGUAUGGGCUGUUGCUGCCUUACCUGCUGCCAAAGAUGUGAAGGCGGACCCCAUUGCUUUGUCGGAUGUUGCUGAUCUCGGUGCCAGUCACUCGAAUGAAGCUGAACGUCAAGUUCGCCAUUAUGGAGGAUGGGGUGGUGGCUGGGGACCACGCUGGGGAGGCGGUUAUGGCGGAUAUGGCCGUGGAGGAUUCGGCGGUUAUGGCGGUUUUGGCGGUUAUGGCCGUGGUGGUUAUGGAGGAUAUGGAUGGGGUCGGUAA